GGUAAAUUUGGAGCAAAGCAACAGCAAGCAGAGCAGUCCUUUUUGUUUGUGUGAAUCUUUGAGAGAUGGAGUUGCUGGAGAAGCUGUCGUCCCUCUUGGACCUGGAGGGGACCCGAGAGAUGACUGCGAAUCAGCUCGAAGUGUAUGAACAAGUCAAGCGUGCGAGUGGGAGGCUCGAUCUGAACAACAACAUGAUCGACGAUGACGAAGCAAAGGUGCUUGCGAGAGCACUCAAAGUGAACAUGGCAGGGAACACGCCAGUGUCUGGGAUCAAUUUGAACAGGAAUAGGUUUGGCGAUGUCGGAGCAAAGGCCAUUGCUGAGGCUCUCCAAGAGAACAAGAGGGUGACUUGGCUCGAUCUGAGCGUUAACAUGAUUGGCGACACUGGGGCGCUGGCGAUUGCUGAGACACUGAAAGUGAACAGGCUUGUGAAUCACGUCCGUUUGAAUGAUAAUCAGAUUGGCGAUGCCGGAGCGCUGGCGAUUGCUGAGGUUCUCAAAGUGAACAAGAAGCUGAGAUACCUUUCUUUGAGCAACAACUUCAUUACCAUCGUUGGAAUUAACGCAUUGUGGCAAACAGGCAACACCAUUUGUAAACUGGACUUCUCUGGCCAACGUGUCCCAUCGCCUGCCAUGUUGGCAGCUCGUGCCGCAGCGAACGAUCAGCCCCAACCUUCCGUCAAUCCUGCAUCUGAGAUUCAGCAAUUGCGCUCCGAGCUCGCUUCCAAACAACAGGAGCUCACCACCAAAAAUCAAGAGCUCGCUUCCAAAAAUCAAGAGCUCGCUUCCAAAGCUCAGGAGCUCGCUACCAAAGAUGAGGAGCUCGCUGCCCAAGACCAAGAACUCGCUGCGCAAGAUGAGGAACUCGCUGCCAAAGACCAAGAGCUCGCUGCCAAAGAUCAGCAAUUGCGCUCCAAGCUGGCCGCCAAAGAUCAGAAAUUCAACUCCAGACUGAAUGCCAGAGAUCAACAAUCACGCUCCGAGCUUGCUGCCAAAGACAACGAACUUCAGCAACUUCGCUCAAAUCUCGCCGGCAAAGACAAGGAGCUCGCGACUCAAAGGCAGGAGCUGAAAAAGCUUCGCUCCGAUCUCGCUGCCAAAGAGCAGAGCCUCGCUACCAAAGAGCAGAACCUUGCUGCCAAGGAUCGUGAACUCAAGUCAGCUCUUGAUCGGAUUGAUGUUUUUGAGCGCAAUCAGCCCGCCGUUGGAUCUGCAUCGAACUUUGACGGUCCCAUACCUCAAGUGCCUCUCGCAACUCUUGUCGCCGCCACGAGCAAUUUCGCCGCUGAUUCUCUGCUCGGCAAAGGAGCAUUUGGUUGCGUGUACGGCGCCAGUUUGCCUGGGCCUUCUGUUGCCGUGGCCAUCAAGAAGCUGUCCGCCGAAUCCAAGCAAGGCGCUGCCGAAUUCAAGGCGGAACUGGCCUCUUUGUCCAAAUUCCGUCACGCAAACAUCAUUGCCAUUCUGUCAUAUGCAGAAGAAGGCGACGAGCAAUGUUUGGUCUACGAGUUCAUGCCAAACGGAUCAGUUCGCGAUUGCUUGAAUCUGAAGAACAACGCGACCCCGUUGACUUGGUCCCAGCGUCACCGCAUUGCGGCUGAUGUCUCCCGCGGCAUGCACUACGUCCAGACAGCCUUCCCCGAUCAUGCAUUGUUUCAUCUCGACCUCAAGACCGACAAUGUCCUUUUGGACGCGCAUUUCAAUGCAAAAGUGUCUGACUUUGGCUUGGUUCGGAUCGCUACACACCUUGAUGAGCAAAGCUACCUUCGCACAUCGAACGUUCAAGGCACAGCUGCUUACAUGUGUCCUGAGUUUUUUGAGAAAGGCCGCAUGACCGUCAAGACGGAUGUCUACGCCUUUGGCAUGAUUUUGCUGGAAUUGCUGACUGCGGAGAAACCUGGCACCAAGCUGAAAACUGAUACGCGGAAGGCGGUGAAAAACCAGAAAUUCUCUGACAUGCUGGACUCGACCCUCAAGCCAACCGAGGCAGAGCUCCAGAACGUCAGCGAUUUUGUCACUCUUGCGCUCGAGUGCCUUGAUGAAGCUGCUGAUGAUCGCCCCUCCUUUGGUCGCAUCCUUGCGACAUUGGAUCCUUGAUGACAGAUGGA